AUGCCCGCCCUCUACGGCUCUGAGUCCUCGGAUCUCCCUUGUAGAGGCGGCCGGUGCAUCGACGCGCGCUCCCCGGCUCCGUCCCGUCGCGCUACCUACAGCAGUAUUGACAACCACACAGUAUUCACCAACAAGGCCCUAAACAGCGGCACCCUGUUUGGUGACAAGACAAUCCGCAAGCUGAUCAACGAGCCCAUCAAUCAGUGUGCCCUCUUGGCCUUUGAGACCGGCGGUGCCGUGUUCGACUCCACCAAGAUCGCCCAGAAGAAGUUUGUGGAUGUGCUGACCCAGAGAAUGGUGGAGCACACCCAGAUUGAAGAAUGCCAGAUAUGUAGCUGCAAGGCCUACAAUGACGGAGUCGGCAGAAGCGUGUGCGAGUCAUGUGACAUCGCCUCAGGCCCUAAUUGGUAUUUCGAGAUGCAACGCACAUUUGCCGAGACAGACUACUACAGUAGACUAGGCUUACAGACAGUGGUCGACUACAUUAACGUCAAAACCGCUGAAGUGCCAGUUAAAAAAAACCCCAAGGAGCUAGGAAUUUAAUUGUUCCCCAAACAGAUAAGGGUCGGAGCUAUCUAGAAGACUUUGAUUUACACCACAGGAUUUCUUUGUAACCGCAAUCAAUUUGUUUUUAAGAUAGUCAAAGAUUCUUAUGAUUUUUUGCUGGUUUUUACUAGAAAGUUGGAACUUGUAUAAAUUUCUUCGUUGGAAUGAUUGUUUGUGACCGGUUUGAGAUGAUUUGAAGGGAUGCAGUAUUAACUUUUAUUUUUAAUUUUUAAUUAAGACAAAUUUGAUAAGGGAUUCCGUAAGAUGCUUUGUAUUUUAGAAUAUCUGGUAUGUUAUCUUGAACUUAAGCUGCACAGCUCACCCUGAGGAAAAACCAAGUUAAGACGAGUAUUCCUGAACCAUGUCGGAUGCUGUGCUUUUAAGAAGCGAUAUGCCGUCAUCUUUAAGUUGUUCAACGGACUGGUGUGUGGUCGCUAACUUGAGCAGUUCUUCUAAUCUCUUUGAAAUUUCACAUAUUCCGAGUUGAACUGCUUGACAAAUAUUCAGGCACCUCAAAUGCGUACACAAGUUUUGAACUAAAAUGUUUUUAACUGUUACUGUGGGGAGGGGAAGGGUAAGAUCAGGAUUGCUAAUUUAGUUGUCAUUUUCACUUUCGUAAAUGUUGUGUCAAACAUUUAAUAGCUGAUUUUGCACCUAAUUAACGAUGGAAGUAGAAUGCUGCAAUUACAAUGCAAGUAAUUUAA